GAGUGUCUGUAGAUGAUGUGCAACUGCGCAUGCGUGCCACAUAAAUACAAGCGAGAAGUCAACUUAAAACACUGUCGGUUAGGGUUAAAUAUCAGAGCUUUCACACGUCAUUUUUAAAACUAAAAUAAAAAAGACGAUUAAAAUAAGAACUCUUCACUUUGGACGUCGUUUAGUAACAUGAGAACGUAAAUGAAGGCGGAAAUAGCCCGGCGUGCUCGAGGAGGUUUCACUGCUUUGUUUUGUAGUUGCGGCCGAGCCGGCAGACCUGCGUCACUUCCUCAAGUUAUUUCCAUUUGUUUGUGGGAAACGGCAGCGGUUAUUAUCUGGUACCUUAUUCACCAAAGAUAGCCUUACUAUGUUAGUUUACAGCAUGUCGGAGUGAACACAGCUGAAGGUGUUUCCUCUGUAAACUAACAUACCCUUUAAAAGUAUGUAAGAAACGCAGGAGCAACCAAACGUGUUAGCGUUAGCAAAGACAGGAAAACGUGCGCCAGUUGAAAUAGUUGGCCAGCUAACGAUAGCUAGUUAGCUGGUUUUAAGUAAAUUGGCUGACCAUUGUUUUUGCUUCAUUGUGCCUGGUGGUGGUGUCUUUAUUGUGGCUCACGUUGACGUACCUGAUGGAGUGCCCUCACCUGAACUCAAACGUGAGUCCUGUGGAUGCCUCCCGGGUGCCUCACGGUACUCCGUCCUCCUGGUGUUGUAACGUUUGCAGGUCCAAUAAAAGCCCAUGGAUUUGCCUUACCUGUCUGGUGGUUCAUUGUGGAAGAUAUGUGAAUGGACAUGCAAAGAAACACUUUGAAGACAGCCAAGUCGUUGGCAUGAAUCAAAAGAAGGUUGAGAAACAGGAGAAGGAGAAAUCCCAUCAUUCUGUCUGCAUGGACUGCAGCAGCUACACUGUAUUUUGUUACAGAUGUGACGACUUUGUUGUCAAUGACACCAAACUCGGGCUGGUGCAGAAGGUGAGGGAACAUCUUCAGAGUCUAGAAAACUCGGCUCUGAUGGGCGACAGACAGAGGAAAAGAAAACUUCAAGAAAGUGCAGCACAAGACAGCAAGCUGUUAAAAGAUAAUGAUGGAGUGGCUUUAGGUGCUACAGGCCUGAGGAACCUGGGCAACACAUGCUUCAUGAAUGCCAUACUGCAGUCCCUCAGCAACAUCCAGCAGUUCAGCUGUUAUUUCAAGGAGUUGCCUGCAGUAGCUCUGCGUAGCGGUAAGACGGCCGGAAGAAGGAUGUACCACACCCGCAGCCAAGGGGACACCAGUGUGUCUUUGGUGGAAGAGUUCAGGAAAACCCUUUGCUCCUUGUGGCAAGGCAGCCAGACCGCUUUCAGUCCAGACUCCUUGUUUUAUGCUAUAUGGAAAAUCAUGCCAAGCUUCAGGGGCUAUCAGCAGCAGGAUGCCCAUGAGUUCAUGCGUUACCUGCUGGACCACCUCCACAGAGAGCUCCAGUGCAGUCGCAAUGGAGCAUCUCACCCUGUCCCACCUCAGGAUGGGAUCAGGCUGUCCACUGCAGAUGGCAAAUGCUGCAUAAAUGGGACUGCCAGUGUCGUAACAUCGAUUUUUGGCGGCAUACUGCAGAAUGAAGUGAACUGCCUGAUAUGUGGAACAGAAUCCCGGAAGUUUGAUCCAUUCCUUGACUUGUCCUUGGACAUUCCCAGCCAGUUCAGACAAAAGAGAAGUAAGGACCAGGAGCCAGGGCCCAUAUGCACCUUACGUGACUGCCUACGUAGCUUCACUGACCUUGAAGAACUUGAUGAAACAGAGCUGUACUACUGCCAUAAGUGUAAAAAGCGACAGAAAUCCACAAAGAAGUUCUGGGUCCAGAAGUUACCAAAGGUUUUGUGUCUGCACCUGAAAAGAUUCCACUGGACGGCCUUUUUAAGAAACAAGGUGGAUACCUAUGUGGAAUUCCCUCUGAAAGGCCUGGACAUGAGGGGAUAUCUUCUUGAGCCUGAGAAUUCAUUACCAGAAAGCUGCCUGUAUGACCUCGCUGCUGUCGUUGUCCAUCAUGGAUCUGGGGUUGGAUCAGGACAUUACACAGCAUACGGCAGCCACGAGGGCCGCUGGUACCACUUCAACGACAGCACCGUGACUCUGACCAAUGAGGACGCAGUGAGGAAGGCAAAGGCCUACAUUCUCUUCUACGUGGAGAGGACUGACCAGGUAGCCUCAGACAAGACUGCCACCAACAGCACAGCCGCAGAAAGGCACGUUGUGGACAGUGUUUGCUCAGUAGUGUGUCAGGAGAAGGUUGCAGCAGCAGACACAGCUGCCACAGACAUGGAUUUAAUGGAUGUGGCAGCCCCACACAUAGAUACUCUGGAUGUACCAGCUCCAGAUAGUGCUGCGUUGGAAAAUAUGGGUGAAGACGUGGCUGAACUGAAUAAAGCUGACGCAGCUUUAAUGGAGGCCGCAGCAGAUAGUGAUACCUCAGACAAGGCUGCAUCAGAGGAAGCCAGCCAAGCAGUACACGCAGUUGCACAAUGAUUCAGUUAGGCUGCCUCAGACCAGCUCCUCAACCCGUUUUUGGUUUUCACCUCAGUCACAUUUUCCAGUGUUUGAUUUGAAAUAGUUGUUUUCACAUUAAUUGUUUGUGCAUCUUUUUUAAUUCUUCUGACCUGCAUGACAGCAUCUUGUAUGAUUUGCUGUUUGGUUUUGUUUAGUAUGACUUUUUACAUUUCUUUCCUUGAUGUUGUAUCCCUCGGUCCAGGUAGACUUCUUUGUGUUAUAGAUUCCAUAGGACAUUGUAACAAAUAAGUGAAGCUGUAGCCUCAGUUGGUCCAAUGUUUAGCCUAGAAUCACAAGUUGAAUUCUGUUAAGACACUGUGUCAUAAUAAUAUUUGGAGUAGAUAUUGUUUAUAAACUGUCAUGUUUUAAUUUCCACCUCUUGAGAACCUCACAGUUUUUAUUUUCCAAUUCUUAGGGAAGACUUUAGGGUAUAGAAUGCAAUGCAUUUAUUGACUGACAUUAUGAGUGCUCUUUAGGGGUUUAGAAAGUUAUUUCAACUUCUUGUUCAGAACCAAUGUGAAAGAAAAGAUCAUUCUCAAAAUGUGUAUUUGUUUGUAUUGAUGCUGGAGUAUAAUUUAAUGUUUGAUUUUGACUAAAAUGGACUAAAAGAAGAAGCCCUGAUGACAUGAAAAUUAACAUUAUGAAAUACAAUGCUUUUUUUUUCAAAA